AUGGUCAGAGCCCCUUGGGUAGAUACCAGCCCCCUGCCUCAGUCUCCUGGCCAGAAAAGGAAGAGGGAGUGGUCAUCCGAAUCGAAGGAUGAGGAGUUGGAGGAGGAGCUGGUGGUCCCUGAGCCUAAGGACAUCUGGAUCGUGGAGUCACUGCAUCAGCUCAAGAUGAGACUGAAGAAGCAAUGAGUGUCGUCAGUGCUUCCAGAACACCGUGAGGUCUUCACCAGGCUGCUUGAGGAUCGGGUCAUUAGAAACUUCCCGGCCUGGGACAAAAAUCUGAGGAUAUCUGACAAAUAUCACCUCUUUAUGGUCAUAGCCUACUUUGGCCGGGCUGGCCUCUUCUCCUGGCAAUACCGACGCAUUCAUUUCUUCAUAGCGCUGUGA